GGUUGGGAGCAAGGUGAACAUUUUAUUUUAAUUUUUUCCUUUGAAAACAAAACCAGGGAAAAAUGAGAAGGAAGAGUGUAGGGAAACGUAGGGAUGAGGCAUGCGCAACUGCUCCUUCCCUCUUCGCCAUUCCUUUGCUUUUGGAUGAACAUAACGCAACUGCGUUUGAUAGUGAGAGUGACGAUGUCAAUUGCGUUCAUCGCCGUCCCGAACCUGGACCCGAGUUUGUGGAGUCGUUGGACAGGAGCAUCUGCGUAUGCUGUGACGACAAACGCGAAGAGGGAGUUUUGGUUUGCAGCGAAAGGCUGUGCCCUGUCACUGUACAUUCCAACUGUAUCGGUUCCGAACCCAAAUUCAAUGAUUCGGGUAACUUCUACUGCCCCUACUGUUGGUACAAGCGCGCCCUCGACACGUGCCAACAAUUGAGAGAGAAAUCCCUGGUCGCAAAGAAAGCUUUGUCACACUUCUUGGAGAGUGGUGCACGUGCAGAUUCUGCUGUUGCACGUGCAGAUUCUGCUGCUGAACGUGCGGGCCUGGUUCAGGAUGGGAUAAAAUGUGUGGAGGAAACACAAUAUGAAGAGAAUAAUGAUACAGAUGAAGAAAAGGUGUCGGUGUCUGUGACGGUUAGUUCUGUGGGUGAGACCAAUGAUGAAGAACCCAAUGUCGUUUCAGCAGAGAAAAGGAAGAACCAGAGGAAGGAUCCUUCUGCAAGGAGGAAGGGUUUGUUACAACAAGAAGAGCAUAAACAUUGUAACACCAGAAGGAAAAUUGAUGGUAAUGUAAAAGAGGAGGAAGUUACCAGCUCCAGGCGACCACAGAGGUCGAUCGUGAAAGGAAUGAAUCGGACUUCACUGCCUGCAAAGCGCAAGAGAUUACUUUGGACCGUUGAAGAAGAAAAGGUUCUGAAGGAAGGAGUAUUAAAGUUCUCACAAGAAAAUAAAAAUAUCCCUUGGAGGAAAAUUUUGGAGUUUGGUUGUCGUGUAUUUGACAAGACUCGAACUCCUAUUGAUCUCAAGGAUAAAUGGAAGAGCAUUAUCUCCAAGAAAGGAAUUUAGUAGAACGUUUGCAUGGAGAUUCUUCUGAGCAUCUAUUGAAACCUGGGUUCUUGCAUGUUAUUUUGGCAAAAAGUGGAGCAACGAUAAAAGAUGCAGAUGAAAUUUAAAGACACAUAAUAUAUACUGUAUUCAGUUCUGUUAUUAUUGCAUGGUCUCCGAUAUCUGUAUGCAAUUUCAUUCUCAUUUGCCAAAACCAUAGUGCCUCUAUAUAUUUUUUGGACGAAGAAUUAUAAAAUCAGGAUGGUCAAGCGACGACAUGUCCUCGUCCACAAAAUUGUGAUCAAACUUGUCUUUGUUUUCAGUUGCGUAUAGCUGGAUAAGCCUGCACGUUCUCGUUGAGAUUGGGUUGAUAAUGUUUCAUUCAAGUUUAUGAUGUUCUUAGGUCAAGUUGAGGUUGAUUGAUGACCUCAUAAAUGAGGUAGACUUGUUAAUAGAAAAAUAUAGUACUUCUCAAAAGAUUUUGAUAAUUUCCACUAAACUUGA